UGCCAAAAUUUUGGUAGCUCCUCCAAGCAAGCGACCUCCAAUUUGCACCCGCUUCACGACCGGCGAUAUUUUCGACAACCAGAGGGACCGAGGGCUUGAUCCACAACCGGCAAAAUGGCGAUCAAGCACAACCAGACGAUUCCCAACAACCACUUCCGCAAGCAUUGGCAGCGGCGUGUGCGGUGCCACUUCGACCAGCCCGGCAAGAAGGUCACCCGCCGUCUGGCGCGCCGUGCUAAGGCUGCUGCGCUUGCUCCCCGCCCUGUCGACAAGCUCCGCCCGAUUGUCCGAUGCCCCACCAUCAAGUACAACCGCCGGACACGUCUCGGCCGUGGCUUCACGCUGGCUGAGCUCAAGGCUGCUGGCAUUCCCAAGCACUAUGCCCGCACCAUCGGUAUCGCCGUCGAUCCCCGCCGCCAGAACCUCUCGGAGGAGAGCCUCGCCAUCAACGUUGAGCGCCUGAAGCAGUACAAGGCUCGCCUCAUCGUUUUCCCCCGCAAGUCCAACAAGCCCAAGAAGGCCGAUACCCCCAAGGACCAGCAGACCGCCGAGACCACACAGCAUAUCCGCGACGUUUUCGGCGUCGAGCAGCCCCUUGCUCCCGGCUUCACCGAGAUCCCCAAGAGCGAGCUGCCCUCGGGCGUCGAGGGUGGUGCCUACAAGGCUCUCCGGAAGGCGAGGUCGGACGCCCGCCUGGUUGGUGUCCGGGAGAAGCGUGCGCGGGAGAAGGCCGAGGCCGAUGCCGCCAAGAAAUAGACGGUUCUCGGUUUGAUUGGUGGCGACGGAUAGGACGGUUCCCGGUGUUCGUUUGGCUGGUCUGGUCUGGUCUCGCUUUCUGCUUUUCCUGAUAACCCGGGCGAGGAACAUGGAUUCCUUCUGCUAUGACCGUGUAUCUUCGGGGACUUGCGUCAGGACAGGAUUCAGAAAGUUUACACGCAUCAUAGGGAUUUGCUAGAGCAUCGCAACUGAAUGGACAGGAAAAAGCAUGACUGACGGCCAAGCCGCGCUUGAUGCUGGGGACUUUGAAUCAACCGGGUUAAUCUGCCGAUGCUUGGAUGAAUGUACUUGAAUGUCUGCCUAAAGGAAUGCUCGUUCCUACAUAUAUAUCACUGCUGUUCCUGUCC